UGGCAAAGUGGGUAUGGUUACCCCGGCGAGCCCCAUCUGGGACUUUUGUGGGUUUGUCAAUGGCAGCUCAUUUCGGACCCGCUACUUUAUGGAUGAGUCCACCUGGACACUGACACCAUGUGGGGAAUUUGCACUAGUCAUUGGCGAAUCGCUUCCAUUGUUGUUUUUCUCUGUCUUGAAUUUGAUGUUGGUACAGGGAGGCUUUCCACGGUAUGAACGCGGCUCCAUCGUAUCAUGGCUUUUUGCUUUGAAAAUCAUUAUCAGCACACUUACCGUAGUCGCUAUGACCGUAUCCUUCCCGCUUGCCCUUUUGAUGAGGUUUCAUCUAAAACCCGUUCUGCUCAUUGAAUAUGGGAUCUUGGCAUUUAUAUGGACAUUAUAUGCUGGAUUAUGGACUCAUUCAAAAAUUGCAAUGAGUUGGACCCGUACGCGAGGAUUAUCCGUUUCUAUCUUCUUAGCAUCCAAGAUGUUUUAUAUCAUCACCCUCAAUAGAUGGUUGCUUUACGGCUUCAAAGACCCAAGAACCUAUAUUCCUUUUGCUGUCGCCAUUGCCCAGACCAUUGGAUCCAUAGGAAAUAUCAUAGAAUGGAGGAAGCACAAAGUUUUCGAGCAGCAGCAAUCAGGCGGUGACGGAUACGUGAUGCUACAUGGACGAGCUGAUGAAUCUGCUGGAUUUUUCUCUCGCAUAUUCUUUUGCUGGACUAAUGUGUUGAUUCAGAAAGGAGCAAAAUUGCAGCUGCAUUCGAUUGACGAUGUUUUCCAAUUGCCACCUUCUCUCGAAGUGGCAAAAAUUGAGCGGGAAAUGGUGGAGAACUCACCCACCUACUAUAGCGACAACCAGCGAUAUUCGUUAUCAUCAGCUCUUCUUUCCACCUACGGUCUUGCUUUCUUUUCGCUUGGCUUGAUACGAUUGGCUUCUGAUGCUUUUGUAUUCGCGGGUCCUAUUCUGCUCCAUGUUCUUGUAGAAAUCUUGGAAGACCCUGCUCCAAAUAACCUAGGAUAUCUUUAUGCCGGUCUAAUGGUACUCUGCUCAUUUUUGGGAGCUCUCUUUUCCACCAAUUUUACCUUUUAUAUGCAGAAAAUUAGCUUGAAAGUUCGCACAGCUACAGUGACUGCUAUAUAUGAUAAAUUGUUGAUGGUACCUCUGAGUGAGAUGAGCAAGUUUUCCUCGGGAGCAAUUCUUAACUAUAUUUCUACCGACGUUGAUCGCAUCGUCAAUUUCUGCAACUCUUUUCACGCUUUUUGGAGUUUACCAGUACAACUGGGCAUUGCUCUUUACCUACUCUAUCGAGAGAUUGGUAUGGCUUUCUUAGCGGGUGUGAUGGUCGCUAUAAUCCUUAUUCCUCUCAACAAGAAGGUCACUGAUUGGAUUGGAAAAAUGUCUGCGAAACUUAUGCAUUGUAAGGAUCAGAGAAUCAAGCUAGUUCGGGAAACUAUGGAAGGGAUUCGAGCCGUAAAAUCAUCGGCCUGGGAACCUUUCUUUGAGAAAAAGAUUACUGAACUAAGAGAGGAUGAGCUGAAGUAUCUGAAGGCCCGCAAGUAUCUUGAUGCUGUUUGUGUGUACCUUUGGGCAUCUGCUCCGCUUCUGAUCACGAUAUGCAUCAUCACAACUUACACCUUAGCUUUGCAUGAGAAGCUAACGGCAGCUAAGGCUUUCACCUGUCUAGCUCUUGUCAAUAUUCUUAUCAUGCCCCUGAACGCCUUUCCUUGGGUGUUGAACGGCCUUGUCGAGGCUUUGGUAUCAUUGAGGAGGCUUAGGCGUCUUUUUAAUUUGAAUAAUAUGGAUGUGCAUGAUAUAUACACGCUAUCUGGAGAUAAGGAUGCUGUGAUGUACGUAAGAGAGGGUAACUUCUUCUGGAGAGGGUCCAGGCAUGCCAUCAGCGGAGUCUCGUUCCGUGGAACGAAGGGGAAGAUCAUUGGAAUUUCUGGUGAUGUUGGAAGUGGCAAAACAACCCUCCUGUUAGGGCUGCUCGGUGAGACAAAAUCUCUCACUGAAUGCAUAGGAAUCACACAAGAAAGUGUCUCUGAUGGCAUUGGCUAUAUGGGACAGGAGCGGUGGCUCUACCGAGGCACCGUAAGGGAGAACAUAACGGCAGGGAAGGAUUUUGACCCCAAGCUAUACGAUGCUGUGUUAAAGAUGACUUCUUUGCAAAGGGAUAUCAAUCUUAUGCCUGGAGGUGACCAAUACGAGAUCUCCGACAAUGGAGCGACACUCAGCGGAGGGCAAAGAACUCGUGUAGCGUUAGCAAGGGCACUUUAUCAGGACAACUCUAUGUACCUUCUUGAUGAGCCAAUGGCAUCUCUUGACCGACGCGUUGCUGACUUUGUUUGGGUGGAGGCGAUUGAGAAGCAACUUAGAAAUCGAGGCAAACUGGUGAUUGUGGCAACACAUGAUAAAAAAUUGUUAACCAGAGCUGAUGAAGUGAUUGUGCUAGGAAAAGAUGGAAAUGUUGUUGCUAAAGGGACUCCCCAGGAAGUGUUUGGGGUUCAAGCAGCUGAGCUCGACGCAAAUGGCGAAGACUGUGGCAAAGAGGUAGAGAUGGAGCGUAUAAUACUCCAGGACGAGGAGCGACAAGUCGGAAAAGUGAAAAUCUCCGUGUUCAAAGCAUACCUGCAUGCUACGGGUCGCAUAUUGAGUGUUGUCAUUCUGAUAGCCUUAUGCUUGAUGCAGUUCUCAAAAAAUGCAGCAGACUGGUGGCUGAGCCGUUGGACAGAAAAGCAGAACAACUUCACGAGAAACUCCGUACCUGGUGGUUUGAGUAACUUGCUCUUUGGUCCGAGACAAAUAGACCUCAUGGACGAUCAGCAGAUGGACCGAUCUGUCUACUUUUUAAUUAUUUACGGAUGCAUAGCGGCAGCAAACACAAUCUUUACCUGCAUUAGAGCUUUCUUAUUUGCUUACGGUGGAAUCCAAGCAGCUAGGCAUCUUCAUGCCAAUCUUCUACACAAACUUCUUAAGGCUUCGGCGUCAUGGUGGGAUCGCACCCCAUCUGGUCGAGUCAUAAAUCGGAUUUGUUCGGAUGUUUACACCUGUGACGAUAAUUUGCCUUUCCAGCUUAAUAUUCUUCUUGCGUCUUUCUUCAAUCUCAUCGGUACAAUGGUAAUCACAAUCAUGGGUCUACCGCUAAUGACACCUAUUAUUCUUCUCUUACUGACAAUUUAUUACUUCAUCCAAAAGUAUUACAGGCUUACCACUGUAGAGCUGAAGCGACUUACUUCUCUAAGUUUAUCACCAUUCUAUUCUCAUUUGAGCGAUACCGUAAAUGGACUUGUUACUAUUCGAGCACAGCGAUUUGUCGACAGAUUCGCAAAAGAAUUACGUGAAAGGCUUACCGUAAACCUGAGAGCCCAGUUCUCAUCGUUAGCUGCAACUCAGUGGCUAUCCAUACGUCUAUCGCUGAUCGCUGUUGGCAUUGUGGCUACCAUAGCCAUAUCAGCCGUCGUUCAACAUCAAGUUUGGGGUGUUGAUUCAGGUCUCAUCGCUCUUGCCAUUACCUAUGCUUUAUCUCUGACUGGUCUCCUCAACGGGUUAUUGGGUUCUUUCAUUGAAACUGAGAAAGAGAUGGUGUCUGUAGAAAGAAUUGACGAUUACCUCACAAAUGUACCUGACGAGGAUGAUAAUGGCAAAGAUGAGCCACCGCUGGAGUUUACUGGGAGAAUUGAGCUGAGGAAGGUGUUUCUACGAUACAGCCGUUACUUACCGCUAGCACUGGAUGAUAUAAAUGUCACUAUAGCUCCUGGAGAGAAAGUUGCCAUUAUUGGCAGGACAGGAAGCGGGAAGACAACUUUGUUGCAGGCGUUACUGCGUACAAUUUCCAUCGAAUCUGGACAGAUUCUCUUGGAUGGAGUCGAUGCAUCUACUUUAUCCUUGAGAAUGUUGCGGAGAGCAUUUGGAGUUGUGCCACAGCAUCCGUUUAUAUUCAGCGGCACCCUUUUCGAAAACCUUGCAGUUGGCUGCGAACAUGCAACCGAAGAUCAGGUAGCCACACUUGCAAGGAGCGCACAUUUAGAAUCACUCAUGGCUAGGAUUGGUGGCUUAGACGGGCAGAUUGAAGAAAGCGGCAAAAAUUUGUCAUUUGGGGAGCGGCAAAUCAUAUCAAUUUGUCGAGUUCUGUUGGCACAAUGCAAGGUGGUGCUGAUUGAUGAAGCUACGUCCCAUCUUGAUGUUAAUGUCCACCAACGUAUGAUGUCGCUUAUAUCAUCUUACCUACCAAGAGCUACCGUACUCUGCAUCACGCACGUAAUGCAUGGUCUCUCAGACUUUGACGCUGUGAUUGAGAUGGCGAAUGGAAAGAUCAUUAGCAAAGGUCCGCCGGAGCAGGCGGAUAUAUCUCAUGAGAUUGAAUCAUGACGCUUUUCUUGAUAUCUAGUUCAUGUACAUACUUUUUGGAGUUCUUGAAUAUCUGGAUCAAUUCUCCAGAGGCUUUUUCUCCUGUUAUUUUUUUUUCAGAAUUUGUACAUUAUCAACCCGACUUUUCUCUCGUCAUGAUCCUUUAAAAGUUAUAAGUCUAUUGUUUUUGUUAAUUAUUUUUGUUAAUUGAUAACUACAAAGUUCGUACAUAGUAAUCCAAAGCAUUGGUGAAUCUACACGUCUGUGAGCGAUAUUACGUGUGAAUUGUCUUUACAUUUUUGCAUGUUCCUUUUGUUUUUCUGUUAUGUAUCGGGUUAUGAAUUGAAUUCUUUUUGGAGAAAUUGCUUUGAUAUAGUGUUGGGUCAGAUAAUUCAGAGUUGAUAUUUUCAUAAAUGCUCAAAGGAACAUUCUAAUCGG